UUUUGGAAACGCGCGGGAACAAACAAGAGGAAUUUGAAAUGGCCACUGAUGGUUUGGAGUUCAGUGAUAUUUACCUUCUUGUAAGAGGUGCAUUGAAUGAUGGACGGUUGAAGUUACACAAAGGUGGAAUAAUAUUCAAAGCAAACAAAACUGGAAAAAUUGACCAAGCAGCAGUGGCUGAUAUUGAAUCAACUAGUUGGUUGAGAGUAGCUCGUGGUUUUGAACUGAAUGUUGCUCUAACAAAUGGAAUGCAGUUCAAGUUUGAAGGUUUCAAAGAGGCAGACUAUGACCAACUAGCAACAUUCAUUAAGGAAAAUUUUGGAAAGGAUCUGGAAGAAAUAGAAUUAUCCGUCAAGGGCUGGAACUGGGGCACUGCUAAAUUCAAAGGCUCCUCUCUCUGUUUUGAAGUUGAUGAAAAGCCAGCAUUUAUAGUCCCUCUCAAGGAUGUGUCACAAGCAACAACAGGAAAAAAUGAAGUGGCACUUGAGUUUCAUCAGAAUGAUGAUGCACAGAUCUGCUUGAUGGAGAUGAGAUUUUAUAUCCCUACACCUGCAGAUAAUCCAACAGAAGACCCGGUCAAAAGUUUCCAUCAAAAAGUUCUCGAGAAAGCGGACAUCAUUCAAGCAAUUGGAGAUGCUAUUGUUACAAUACCUGAUGUCGCCUGUUUGACCCCAAGGGGCCGGUACACCAUGAAAGUGUUCCCUUCAUUUCUUCAACUUCAUGGCAAAACUUAUGACUACAAGAUUCCUUACACAUCAGUGUUGCGUCUUUUCCUUUUACCUCACAAAGACCAAAGAUUUAUGUUCUUUGUGGUUAGCAUGGAUCCUCCAAUAAAACAAGGCCAAACAAGAUAUCCAUUCUUGAUCAUACAAUUUGAAAAAGAUGAAGAAUUCGAUGUGAAACUAAAUUUGUCAGAGGAGGAGUUAAAGGAAAAAUAUGAAGGGAAGAUAACUCAGGAGAUGGAUGGUCCAAUUUACGAGAUUGUGAGCAGACUGAUGAAGGCAGUUGUUGGUCGAAGAAUAACCGUUCCUGGUACAUUUAAAAGUCAUGCGGGAGUCAGCUGCAUCACGUGUUCAUACAGAGCUGGCAGUGGAAUGCUGUACCCUUUAGAAAGGGGCUUUAUAUUUGUACACAAACCCCCUGUGCACAUCCGCUUUGACGAGAUCUCCUCAGUGAACUUUGCCCGUGUGGCAGGAGGAGGUGGAUCCAGUCGGUCAUUUGAUUUUGAAGUGGAGACAAAGUCGGGGGUCAGUUACGUGUUUAGUAGCAUCGAAAAAGAGGAGUAUGGCAAACUAUUCGAUUUUGUCAGUGGCAAGCAUCUGAGAAUAAAGAACACAGGAAAGGUGUCAUCAAAGCAGUAUGAAGACGAAUUGAUGCCCGGCUCAGACGAAGAUUCUCACGAUGCGUACUUGGAGCAGAUGAAGGCUGAAGGAGCCGAGAAAUACGAAGAGUCAGAGUCAAGCGAAGAUGAGUCAGACGAGUCCUUCAAUCCUGGAAGCGGGGGAGAAGAUCAGGAUUUGAAAGAGGAAUUCGAGAGCGACCCGUCUUCUUCAGAAAGUGAAGGAGAAUCCGACGAGGAAGGCAAGCCAAAACACAAAGUAAAGGAAAAGAAGAAGAAAAAGUCGCCUGAAAAGAAAAGAAAAGCUGAAAAAACCACCAGCCCCGCACCGAAAAAGAAGGCCAAAACUUCAACAGAUGAAACACCUCAAGGCAAACGGAAAAAGAAAGCGAAGAAGGACGCUGAUGCCCCCAAGCGGCCGAUGUCCGGCUACAUGUUAUGGCUGAGCGAAAUCAGGGAACAAAUCAAAGGGGAGAACCCUGGAAUCUCAGUGACAGAGCUAUCCAAAGUAGCGGGAGAGAAGUGGAAGAAAAUUGAGGAUAAAACAAAAUGGCAGGAAAUGGCCAAAGAGGCGAAGAAGAAAUACGACGAGGCAAUGAAGGUGUACAAAGAGAAGAAAGCAAACGAACCAAAUGAUAGUCCAGAUGAGAAACCGAGCAAGAAGGGUUCCGUAAAGGAGUUCUUUAAUAAGAAGGGAGAUAAAAAGAAGACUGCUUCUCCUCGAAAAGCUGGCAGCGGCGAGUCACAGAAAUUUAAGAGCGCAGAAUUUGUAGAAACUGACGAUAGUUCCUCAGAGGAUGAAGACAAGAAAACCAAACCCAAACCCAAACCUAAAGCAAAAGCAAAACCUAAAUCAGGAAAACCUAAGAGCAAAAGCAAAAAGGAAUCAGAGGAGGAAGAAUCCGAAGAAGAAGACGAGGAAUCUGAGGACGUAGAUAUGAGUGACGGCUCAGAUUCAGACUGAAGUCAUGAAGUGCCAAGGAGAGCAUAACUUACACAACAACUGCGCCUGCAUUAAUGAUGUCCAUCUGUAUGUUGAAAAGGGCACGCAAGCGAGACAUUAAAGUCGUUUGUUUUAAUUGCCUCAUUUUCGUGUACACUAUUUUUGUGGAAAAAUACUUCAAGUUGUAAAACAGCCUGUGUCUGGUUGUGAUACUGGGAGAACGGUUGAAUAGAAAAAAUCUGUGAGGAUAAUCUAAGUUUCUGUUUGUAAAAAUAAACUGUAGGACCAAACUAGUUGUAAAAAGUUUUUUUUUGCUCAAUUUGAAAAACGAGCGCAGAUACACCAUUAAACCUAAUUUAGGAUUGGAGGUUAAAAGUGUCAAUUUAUCGAAACAACACGAUGAAAAAUUGCAAAGUGUAUGUAAGAACUCCGAUUCAAAUA